UACCCCGGAAGUCGACUCUGCCAUAGCGACCAUCAACAACCGUAUUAUCGAGUCACAGGUGAAGCAGACUCCUCUCUAGUUUUUAGUUGAGUUUCUCGUCACAUGCGAAUGUGGCAGUAGUGGUGGACUAAUUUUUAGAUUGGACUUCACAUAAAAUCAUGGCAACAGCAACAUUAGCCAGCAGGGAGAUUGCUCCAGAAAGACCACAAGUUCACAUCGCUGAAACAUCUGGGGGAUCUCGUAACGCCGACAUGGAAAUCACAUACACGGGGAACACAGGGAACGAUAUGGGGAUCUCCACAAUGGGCUUCAGGGCUUCGAAAUACAACCCUCCUGAAUGGCACGAGAGCAAUUAUGCUAAGUAUUACCAAUCCUUUGUCGACAGGGACAAUGCUGAGAGGAUUCGCCACGAGUCUAAGAGAACCGCUAAUGAAACAGAAUCCACUACCAAUAAAACGCAAGGAGAAGUUACUAAGAAACUGGGCGAAAGAAUUCAGGACAUUAACUUUUGGAAAUUUGAAUUAGAAAGGGAAAUUCAAGAUGUAAUUGCUGAAACAGAUCUUCUUCUGGCACAGAAAAAAAGGUUGGAAAAUGCACUUCGUGCAACAGAAAUUCCUCUUCACAUAAGUACAGAUAACUUGAACUGCCGACAGAGAAGACAGGCCGUUGAUCUGGUGCAGGAUAAUGUAGAACUUGGACUGCUGAAGGAAGUUGAAAUAAUCAACAAUGUUCAAGAUUUGCUCAAGAAAACAAUUGACCAGUCAGAAAAACAAAUUAAAUUAAAUCGAGAUGCAAAACAAAACCUUGAAAUGGACUGGAGUGAUAAGAAAGAGGCUUUGGAGAUUGAUACCAGAUCUGGUGCCCUUAGAAAUGAACACACAGAUAAGCAGUUUUACUCUGGAGCAGCCAAGUUUGAGGAAAUUCAGUCCACCCCUGAGUCCUGGGCCCAGUUCACACACGACAACAUUGUCCGUGGAGAACACGAGAGGAUGGCUUCUAUUCAGCUGAGACAGCUAAUUGACAACAUCUUGGCCGACACCUCCCGGGACAUGAGGGAGCAGUGUGACACAGUUGAUGUCUGCUUCCAGAAACGUUUGGAAGAAAUGGAGGAUUCUAAAACUAAAAUGGAGGAAAACUUGAGAAAGAUUUGUGAUGAAAUUGCACAAAUGGAGAAGAACAUUGAUAUGCUGAGGAAGGCUAUACGUGACAAAGAGAACCCAAUGAAAGUGUCCCAGACUCGCCUCAACAACCGCACGUACAGACCCGGCGUCGAGCUCUGUCGAGAUCCUGUGCAAUACAAGCUUGUGGGAGAAGUGAACGAGAUUGCACAGUCCAUUGAUGCUCUAUCAGAACAACUGAACAAUGGAGAAAACUCUAGAAAGGACCUGCAGGACAACAGGAUGGCUCUAGAGAAAGAAAUUGCCUGCAAGAAGAACAGUAUAUUUAUUGACAGGGACAAGUGUGUUAGCGUACGCACGAGGUACCCCACCACACUCAAACUGCAGGGAUACCAGUAACGCUACAGAGCGCCCCCUGUAAACUUAUUAUUUCACUGCUUCUGUCUGUCUAGAUCUGUUGUCAGAUCACAAGCUUGCACUGCACACUCAUUAAUGUACUGGUUGAUACAUUUUUUCUCUCUAAAAUUAUGGACAUGAUAAUUUAUGUUGCCAUUACUGGAUUUAAAAUCAUGCAUCAUCAAAAUGUGUUUGUAGAACCAAGUAGGUCUAUUUCAAAUACAUCUUGUACAAUUUUUUCCUUGCCUUUUGAACAUUAAAUUAUAAGUGUGAUAUUGAUGAAAAAAAACAGUAUUUUGUAAAUAAAAGUAUAUGUGAAGAGUAA